AUGACUGACACGCAGGCAAGUCAGGAGGAGCCUAGUUGCCACGUUCUGGAUUUCUUUUACGACAAAACCGACAGCUGCGCUCUUACUGCAUUGAUUAACGGAGUGCGAUUUCAUAUUAUCAUUGAUGCGGAUGAAUUCAAGAAGUCGGACGAUAAGUCACUCCUGCAACCUUAUCUAGACCUGCUCCAAGCUGUCAGAAAUGAAGAGGAGGAAGCCGACUCUGCCGAGGAAAAAAACGACCACAACAACCUCCAUGGCGUGGAAGCCGCUGUUGAGACUUCGCCAGAAGACAGCCGGGAGAGUUCUAAUAGCCUUGAGGACCGAGAUAGCGCGAUAGACCUCACCGCCGAUCAAGAUAAAUUAUCAAAAGAUGAAGUCGAGAGCAAGCGUCGAAGAGCCAAAACAGAGCUCCAGAAUUGGAUGCUGUCUGCUUUUGGUGCAGAAACAGAGCGCCUUGCUUCCGGGGCGCAACGUGCUAAACGGAAAACGAUGUAUGAUUGGUAUUAUGGGAGGACCAACUUCUUCGAACUGAGGAUCCAUGAAGGAAUUCUUGUACCACAGCAACUUGAAGAAUCAGCCGAGCUGCGUGAACAGAUGGUGGCACUUGUACCUCGGUUGCUCUUGCCAAAAUACAUCCAAAACAUGGAUGUCCCAUGGUUGAAGCCAAAUGACAUCGAGGUUAUCUCUGAGAUUCAUGAUCCCGGACCAUCGCACCCAGGCGAAGUGAAAGUCGGCGGAGACAUACAGUUCUUCAAGCCGGUUGAUCCCAGCCAGUCUGAGCCGACCAAACGUGAGAUCAAGAUUCUCAAAGAUAUCGCGGAUGUCGGUCUUCAUGACGAGAUCUCUGUGCCGAGGUUGUUGGGAUUAGUCGCCCUUCCAGAGAGUAAAACCGAGAUCAUGGGCAUAUUGCUCACGAAUAUCCCCAACGCGCAACCCCUCACGAAGCUCCUUGACUCUGAUGUGGCAGAAGAGAGGCGCCUGAAAUGGGCAGACGACAGUAAAUCUAUUGUACAGAGUCUGCACAAGCACAAGAUUGUGUGGGGAGAUGCGAAGGCUGAUAAUUUUAUGGUCGACGAGAAAGACGAGCUUUGGAUUAUCGACUUUGGAGGAAGCUACACCGAAGGGUGGGUCGAUCCUGAGCUUUCGGAGACAAAGAGUGGCGAUCGGAUGGGUCUCGAGAAGAUUGUAGAUGCGCUGGUUGAUCCGGAUGAGAACACUUUCGACCCGGAGGAUGAGGAUGAGGACGAUGGGGAUUACAGUCCUCCCAGUGGCAAUAAGAAGAGGAAGCGCAGCACCGAUAAGGAGUGUGAUGGAGAGGAAGAGAUUUCAGACAGUAAACCCGACAGGACAUAUUGCUACUGCGAUGGUAUCAGUUCUGGCGAGAUGGUAGCCUGUGAUGGGGAUCACUGUCUUCAAGAGUGGUUUCAUUUGGAAUGCUUGGGUUUGACCAGCCCGCCAAAAAGUGAUACCUGGUAUUGCAAAGAGUGCACAACUGUCGCCAAAAAGGAUGGCGUUGGUGCAGAUGGCUCGAGGAAUAAGAGACGGUGGCGAAAGUCAUGA